AUGGAGGACUGCCUUCACACCUCCUCCGAAAACCUCUCCAAGCUGGUGAGCUGGGCCCACAGCCACGGGACCAUCUGCAGCCUCAUCCCCAACCUCAAGCACCUGCUCUCCGAGGGGGCCCACGGCAACCUGACGGCCAUGUGGGGCUGUAGCGCCGGCCAUGCCUACCACUGGCCCCUGGCCGCCACUUGCCGGGCUGGCUCCCAGGAGCGCGUCUGCUUCCAGGACAGCCGCAGCUUCAACUCGGACAGUCCCAGCAUGCUGGGGGUGCCCUCGGAGGCGCAGGCCAGCCCCCUGGAGCGCUACCCAGGCCGGCCGGGUAAGGCCAAGCUGGACUGCACCCGGACCCGCGACUCCUGUGACUUCUCCUACUGCAGCGAGCCAUCGGAGCUGGGCGAGCCCGUGGAGGAGUAUGAGGAUGAGGCCACCCUCUUCGACAUGGUCUGUGAGUCCUCCGUCACCGACGAGGACAGUGACUUUGAGCCGCACCCCCACCGGGCCCCCGCCGGCCCCCGCAAGCGGCCGGCUGCUGGCCUGCCCACUGCUGCCCAGGCCCAGCCUGCCGACGAGGGCGGUGGCGAGGUGCUCCUCAAGAAGAUCAAGCAGGAGCUCCCCGAGGACUACUACAUAGUGGCCAACGCCGAGCUGACGGCUGGUGCCGAUGGGCCGGCCCUGGCCCUGACGCAGAUGUCCAAGCCCAAGCCGCAGGCCCAGGCCGGGCCCUCCUGCCUGGGCCCUGCCAGGGCCCUGCCCCAGCCGGCGGCAGGCCCCGACCCCGACCCGCAGCGCCUCUCUGCCUCCCCCCCCGGCCCGCCCCGGCUGGCCACACAGAGGCCGUCCCGGGGCUCCCUGGCCUCCCCGGUACGGGGGGCAGGCAGUGGCCCUGUGGCCGCCCUGCAAGUGCCAGCCACCAGCUCCAACAACACCGCCGCCGCCGGGAAACCCAUCAGCAUCCCCCUCUCAGCCCUGCAGCUGCCAGGUCAGGAGGAGCCGCCGGCCGCUGAGGAGACCCUCCCGCCCGCCCCGCAGCUGGCCCCGGGCGGCGAGGCGGCCGGCUCACCCUCAGUGAGCGCCGAGCCCGAGGUCAGCUCCAGCCAGCAGCAGCCCCACGCCGCCCCCGCCGCCACCCCCGAGGCAGCAGCGCAGUCGAUACCAGAACCACCAAGGGCAAGUUUGAUAACUCCACUGAUAAUGUUAAACCAGGAUGAGAGAGCGGCAGAGCUCAGCAGGGAGCAGAAUGAGAAGACCAUUCGUAGCACUCAGACAGCUCUCCGCAAUUUCCGAGAGUUCCUCAUCUCCAAGUACCCCUCUGAGACCCGGGAGAUCUAUGUCAUCCCCUGCAAAGAACUUGAUGCGUACCUUGCUUCCUUCUUUGUGGAUGCCAGACAAAAGGAUGGGUCUGAAUAUGAGCCAAACAGUCUGGCCAACUAUCAGUGUGGGCUGGAGCGGUAUCUCAAAGAGCACAGGUAUGGAUACAGUAUUACAAGGGAUAAGGAGUUCAAGAGGUCCCAGGAAGCUCUAAAGCAAAAGCAGAUAGAGCUGAGGUGUAAAGGAAAAGGAAACAAGCCACACAAAUCCAUGAAGCUCACCUUUGCUGAUGAGCUUAUCCUGCGCAAAAGAGGCUUGUUGAGCCGGUACAACCCCGAAGGGCUACUGAACCUUGUCUGGCUAAACAACACUAAGGCGUUUGGACACUGCACGGGUUUCCAUGGGUCCACCCUCAAGUGGGGAGACAUCCGGCUGCGGGUGACAGAGACUGGCCUGGAGUACCUGGAGUGGAUGGGGCCAGACAAUGGAGACGUCAAUGCCAAGAGCAAGAGAGGCGGGACAGACUCCCGGGUCUACGCCACCCAGCACUCCCCACAGACUUGCCCCGUGCAAGACUACAAGGAGUAUGCCCAGAGGCGGCCUCCAGCCAUGCGCUAUGAGGAUGCGCCUUUUUACCUGUCCAUCAAACCUGUUGUCAACUUGGCUGCGCUUCACUGGUACAAUUGCCAAGCCCUGGGGAAAAACAAGCUUGCCAAGAUGGUAAAGACAAUGUGUGAGAAGGGUAACAUCCCUGGCAGGAAGACCAACUUCAGCGUCUACCAGAGCUGUAGCACCCUCUCAGAAGCGCAGAGCAACCAGCUGGUGCUGAUCUGCAAUAACUUGAGCCAGCAGGCUGCCCAGUCCAUGGCGAGUCACUCCAAUACUGGCAACUUCAUAGUGUCAGCAUCCUAUGACUCUUCCUCUGACACGGCUUGA